AUGGUUUACAACAACACUUUAUGUAUUGUUCUUCCUUUGGCUCUCAUCUUUCUUGAUUUCAUCUUACUCUCAUCAUUAGGCCAUCCGACGUCAAGUACCACGCUCAACGUCAUAUCCUACGGAGCUAAACCAGACGGCUCAACAGACUCAACCAAAGCCUUCUUAGCCGCGUGGGAUGUCGCUUGUGCCUCGGCUAAUCCUACAACUAUUAUCGUACCAAAAGGACGGUUCUUGGUCGGGACCCUUGUUUUCCAAGGCAACGAAUGUAAGCAAGCUCCAAUAUCUGUCCGUAUAGCAGGCUCAAUUGUUGCUCCGGGAGAUUUUAGAGUUAUCUCAAGCUCAGAACAUUGGAUCUCGUUUGCGGAUGUUACCGAUGUUUCAAUCUAUGGUGGAAUACUUGACGCACAAGGAACUAGUUUAUGGAAAUGCAAGAACAACGGUGGCCAUAAUUGUCCUAUAGGUGCCAAGAGUUUGCUGUUUAGUGGGUCAAAUAACAUCUAUAUCAAUGGUUUAACGUCGAUCAACAGCCAGAGAUUCCAUAUAGUCAUCGAUAAAAGCAAUAACAUUAACAUUGACGGCGUAAAGGUUUCUGCUGAUGCGAAUAGCCCUAACACCGAUGGGAUUCACGUCGAAUCAUCUCACUUCGUCCAUAUCACUAACUCGAGAAUCGCAACCGGUGAUGAUUGCAUCUCCAUCGGUCCAGGAUCCACUAGUGUUUUCAUACAAAACAUUCAAUGCGGUCCAGGCCACGGCAUUAGUAUCGGAAGUCUUGGACGAGUCGAGGAAGAACAAGGCGUGGAUAACGUAACCGUGAGUAACGUGGAUUUCACGGGAACGCAAAACGGAGUUAGGAUCAAGACAUGGGGGAAGGAUAGCACCAGUUUUGCUAGAAACAUCAUCUUCCAACAUAUUAAUAUGAAAAUGGUCAAGAACCCGAUCAUUAUAGACCAACACUAUUGUCUUGACAAACCCUGCCCUACACAGGAAUCUGGAGUUAAAGUGUCAAAUGUAAGAUAUGAAGAUAUACACGGGACUUCGAAUACGGAGGUGGCGGUUUUGUUAGAUUGUAGUAAGGAGGAACCAUGUACCGGUAUUGUAAUGGACGAUGUGAACCUCGUCUCAGUUAAUCGACCGGCUCAGUCAUCUUGCGAUAAUGUAAAUGGAUUAGCGAACGACGUCGUCCCGUACACUCCUUGUCUAAGGACCGAGAUAAUUACGAUUUGA